AUGACGCGUCGGCCACCCGCCCCGGCAUCCCUCCGCCUCGGCCUCCUCCUCGCCACCUCCCUGCUCACCCGCUCCUCGCUCGCCGUCGUCCCCCCCCACCCAGCCACCCUCCGCGUGCAUGACCAGCCGCCCGCCGCCGCCUCCGACGACACCCCGCUCCCGCUCGUCAUCUGGCACGGCCUGGGCGACAGCUUCGCCGGCGACGGCGUCCGCGAGGUGGCCGCCCUCGCCGACGCCGUCCACCCGGGCACCUACGUCCACACCGUCGCCCUCGGCAAGGACCCGGCCGCGGACCGCUACGCCACCUGGUACGGCAACCUGACGGACCAGGUCCAGGCCGUGUGCGACGCCCUCGCCGCCCACCCCAUCCUCUCCACCGCCCCGGCCGUCGACGCCCUCGGCUUCUCCCAGGGCGGCCAGUUCCUGCGCGCCUACGUCGAGCGCUGCAACGCGCCCCCCGUCCGCAGCCUCGUCACCUUUGGCAGCCAGCACAACGGCAUCGUCGAGUUCCGCGCCUGCGGCCCCGCCGACUGGCUCUGCCGCGGCGCCAUGCUGCUCCUGCGCUACAGCACCUGGAGCUCCUUUGUCCAGGGCCGCCUCGUCCCCGCCCAGUACUUCCGCGACCCGGCCGACCUGCAGCCGUACCUCGACAACUCCAACUUCCUCGCCGACAUCAACAACGAGCGCGGGCCCGCCCGCCGCAACGACACGUACCGCCGCAACCUCGCCCGUCUCGCAAACUUUGUCCUGUACAUGUUCGACGCCGACACCACCGUCGUCCCGCGCCAGACGUCAUGGUUCGCAGAGGUCAACGGCUCCGACGUGGUGCCCCUGCGUGAGCGCCAGCUCUACCGCGAUGACUGGCUCGGCCUGCGCCAGCUCGACGACAAGGGCCGUCUGUUCUUCCGCUCCCUGCCGGGCGACCACAUGGACAUUCCGCUCCAGGUGCUCAACGACACCAUGGUCGAAUUCUUUGGGCCCUCGAAGCGCUCCUUUGCCAAGAGCGGCGCCGAGUUUGAGCCCGACGAGCUGUAA